CUUUCCCUGCCCCGGCCGCCGGCGGAGGGCCUGGCGAACAGUCUACAGUUUCUGGAGCUGCUCUGAGGUGAGGAAACUGGGACCAAGAGACACUGCGUAUUUCCCACGGCCUCACAAAGGCACCCCAAUGUUGGUGGGGGGCCCGUCUGGGCGGCCAGCCUUCCGCUCUCUGCUUUUGGUGGUGGUGAUGUCCUCCUGCUCCGCCACAUCCCUCGCUGAGGAACGGAAGCAGCUGGUCAUGAGAGAGAAGAUGAUGCAGAUAGGGGGCCGGCUGGUGCUGAAGAAGGAAGAGGAGCUGGCUAAUGAGAAGCUCAUGGCCCUCAAAAAGGCUGAGAUGAAGCAGGCCAUGAAGACCCAGCAGUUCCCACCCAGCAUGCACUUUUUCCAGGCCAAGAAUCUCAUUGAGAAAAGUGAAGUGUUUAAUAUCUUGAAGAAGAUGCCAAAAGGGGCUGCCUUGCAUGUCCACGACUUCGGCAUCCUGAGCAUGGACUGGCUGGUGAGCAACGUCACGUACAGGCCCCACUGCCACUUCUGUCUCACCCGAAACGGAGUCCUGAUGUUCAAAUUCGGUCACCCAACUCCUCCCACCCCGCCAGAAUGUUUAGAGUGGAUUUUGUUGGAGAAGUAUCGACAGAAACUGCAAAACGUCACCGAGUUUGACAGCAGCCUGCUGAGGAAUUUCACUCUGAUGACCAAGGACCCCGAGGUGACUUACGCAAACCAAGACAUCGUCUGGUCUAAGUUUGAAGCCAUCUUCUUUACGAUCUCUGGUCUUGUUCACUAUGCACCAGUGUUCAGAGACUACAUCUUCCAGGGCCUGGAGGAGUUCUACCAGGACAAUGUGUUCUACCUGGAGCUCAGAGCCAUGCUGUUCCCGGUGUAUGAGCUGAACGGGACGGUCCACAGCCAAGAGUGGGCAGUGAGGACCUACACAGAAGUGGCUUGUAUGUUCAGGAAGAAGCAUCCUGGGUUUAUUGGAAUCAAACUCAUUUAUUCGGAUCGCAGAUUCCAAAAUGUGUCUGUCAUCACAAAAUCGGUCCAAAGAGCCAUGAUGCUUCAAACCAAGUUCCCCAGGAUGGUGGCAGGGUUUGACCUGGUGGGGCGUGAGGACACUGGCCAUUGCUUGUACUACUACAAGGAGGCCUUGAUGAUUCCAGCCUUGCAAGGCUUUAAACUGCCUUACUUCUUCCACGCCGGAGAGACAGACUGGCAGGGUACUUCCAUAGACAGAAACCUUCUGGAUGCCCUAAUACUGAACUCUACCAGGGUUGGCCAUGGAUUUGCUUUGACAAAACACCCAGCAGUCUGGAUUGACUCAUGGAAGAAGGACAUCCCUAUAGAAGUCUGUCCCAUCUCCAACCAGGUUCUGAAACUGGUGUCUGACUUGAGAGACCACCCCGCGGCUGUUCUGAUGGCUACUGGGUACCCCAUGGUGAUCAGCUCUGACGACCCAGCUGUCUUUGGUGCCAAAGGCUUGUCCUAUGAUUUCUAUGAGGCCUUCAUGGGCAUCGGUGGGAUGGCGGCCGAUCUGAGGGCACUCAAGCAGCUGGCUAUGAACUCCAUCAAGUAUAGUGUCCUGUUGGAUAUUGAGAAAAAGGCUGCCAUGAAAAUCUGGGAGGAGAAAUGGAAUGACUUUGUAGCUGAUCUGGCCAGGAGGCCAAGCUGAGAAGAGAGCCAUGUUUGACCCUCUUCUGCUUUCCUCCCCAGGUUGUCUCCACUUUCCCUCAAUCAUUCAGGAGUCCACUCCACCGUAGUCUCCACCUCCAUUUCCUCAUU